AUGCCUCUCGCGUCACUUUUUUCAGAAUCUCCUGAGCCAAAAUCCCAAACCGGCUCAGCAACCUCAUUAAUUAACUCUAUCAAUGGCGAUUGUUCUGGUGAAAAUAGGCAAGAAAUGGGUGGCGUUGGAGCUAAUGAAAUCAAUAUAGUACCUGAUUGCACAAUAACCACAAUCAAUAGCAUUGACCAAACCGCCAAUAAAACUGCAAGCACGAACAAAGCGGUCGAAAACAAUUACCAAAGCAAUGCUUCAACAACAAGCGUUAGCACUAAAUAUACAACAACAACAACAACAAAAACGAUGAAUUCGGUGCACAAUACAUUCAGCUCAUCAUCGUCUAACUGCAAUGAGCCGGCUGAAAUAGGCGCAACGACAACACCAACACCAACACCAACACCAAUUACUGAUUUCUAUCGAAAUGCCACCAUUCUUAUCACUGGCGGUACCGGUUUCGUUGGAAAAGUACUCACACAGAAAUUGUUGCGUGCAUUUGAGUUGCGUAAAAUUUAUAUGUUGAUUCGUUGUAAAGAUAAUAUGAGUGUGGAGCAACGCUUGGAGAAUUUCUUUAGCGAAUCGAUCUUUGACACUAUACGUGCCGAGCAGCCAGAUUUAUUUCGAAAGGUGCAUCCCGUUCGUGUGGAUUACGGCGCUAUUGAUUUGGGCAUUAUCUCAGAAGAUAGAGAGAUUUUAUGUGAAGAGGUGGAGAUUGUUUUCAACGUUGUCGCUUCAGUCAAAUUCAACGAAAAGCUCAGCGAUGCAAUUGAUAUAAACGUUUUAGGUACAAAGAAGAUACUUGAUUUAUCAAUGGAAAUGAAAAACUUAAAGUCACUUGUACACAUUUCAACACUUUAUUGCAAUUGCAACCGGAAAUUCAUCAAAGAGCGCGUAUAUGAAAAUGAUAUUGGCUAUGAAAAAAUUAUGCAGAUUUAUCGCAUUUUUGACGAUGAGACGUUGGAAAAGUUUCGCCAUUGCCUGAUCGGUGAUAUGCCCAAUACGUAUACGAUGACCAAGAAAUGUGCUGAAAAUUUGGUUAAUCAUCGGGCGUUCUACUUGCCAGCUGGUAUAUUUCGGCCACCGAUCGUUAUGUCAACCUACAAGGAUCCAUUUCCCGGCUGGACUGAUAAUUUGUAUGGGCCAUCAGGUUUGUGCACUUGGUCGGCGCGCGGUCUAGUGCGCUGCAUCUAUGGUCGGGCGAAUUGCAAGGCCAAUAUGGUGCCGGCAGAUUACUGUGUCAAUGCAAUGAUUGCCAGUGCCUGGGAUAUAGCGAGGAGAUUUUUAUUGCGCCAAAGUGAUGCAGAAUCCAAGGAGGAAUUACCUGUCUACAAUUACAUUUUCGAUCGGAACAAUUUAACAUGGGGCCAAUAUAUGCGCAUGUCACGUGAGGGAUUUCACGAGCCAUUUGACAAGGCAUUGUGGUAA